AUGGACUCCCACCACUCUUCGCCAUCCCCUCGCAGGGCGAGCCCCCGACACAGCAUGCAGAGACAAAGAAGUAACUCGUUUCCCAUUGUUGAGGCUCUGGGUUGCUCAACCCCAGAAGCACUCCUUAUUCUUGCUGAGGGCAGAGCCGCCGUCCGGAAACGCCGAGCUCGACGCAACCAGUCCGUCGACGACGAAGUCAACCGUCUCUUCAACCCCCAGGACCACCUCAAGUUUCUCGAAGGCCUCGCCGCACUACCCACCCCUCAAGAUCAACCAUCUCCCUUUGACGCAAAAUGGUCUCACUCUCGCAUGCCAUCCGAUGCCACGGAUAACAGCACUUCAACCGUGGUCGCACAUGUAAACGAUGGCGAACCUCGGAAUAUGUCACCCACGCUAGGCGACUAUUCCGCUAACCUUGCCGCUUUCAUCAAGAACCAACUCAAGUCAAUACCGACGUACCAAUCCAACCAUCGCCCUACCUCAUCCCUCUCUCCCCGAUCGUGUCCGGAUCUAUCGUUUCCUCGAGUGCCAUCGUCGCCAAACCCAAAUGCACGCCGCCAGACGGAUGGACCCAAGGCCAUCGAGAUACCCCCAGUGCGACCGCCGAUGAAGAGUCAAUUCUCGGCCUGGAGCUCCACCGACGACGACACGGAUGACGAGGCGCUUCCCCUCCCGGAGUAUACCUUUUCCAGUGAACAAGGCCCCAACUCCAAGGGAAGCAACUUCACGCCGUCCAUCCUAGGCUACUACGAGACCUCGCACCACAAUUCGUCGUUUCUAUUUUCGUCGACGCCGCUAGAGGAAGAGUCAGAGCCCACUACGGCUAAAGCCUUCAAGUUUCCUGACCCGUCAGCACUACCACGUUCCUCACCUGAGGAAGAACACGAUGAUGACGAGGACAUCGCCGACUACCCCUCCUCGUCUUGCCCCUCGCAACCUCAGCUCACCUCGACGUCAGCACCUUCGUAUACGUCGUCUUCGGUGUCGUCGUCGUCGUACUUUGACUGCAAGCGCCUGGCCAUCACCCCGCAGAUGAAGCAGGCUGUCAUCGCGGCAGUCACACCACCACACCCACACAACAAGAGGCUUACUGCUGUAUCGCCUUGGGAGGGCAACGCCUUCUCCAACGUGCACGACGUGUACGUUGAGUCACAGCAGCGCGUCAACGUCGACGGCAUGUCCUUUGACAUGCUCCGCGACCUGAACGUCUCUAGCAGGCUCACACCUUGCUGA